CAGCACGAGAACAGCUGGCGAGAGCACAUUUUCGAGUCGACAGCCAGUUUCCAAGAGAAUGUGGCUUCUGCAACACAUUCCAAUUUGAGAGUUGGGAGUCUCGAGUUGACCACAUGGCAGACCAUUUCAAGGUCGACGGGAAAGAUAUGAAGGACUGGAGGAUGACCAACGCGGGGGGGCUUCAUAAUGGCAGUGACGGCGAUGACGACGAUGAUGGCGAUGGACACGACGAUGAAGGAGGCCACGGUAAGGAGCCUGGUGAAGAUCAGGAUGAGAGCAAUGGAGGAGGAGCUGGGAACGGCAAUUUCCAAAGUUAUGGCGCUGCGUCAAAACAGCCCCCCGGUGAUUCAGGUUAUGGGUCCUCCAGAAGGUCUGGAACAUCAAGUGGUAACAAGAAUUCUUGGGGGAAGAGCUACCAAUAUACCUCUCAGUCUACUGUCUUUCCAGGCCAGCUUUCGAUUAAUGCUCAAAGACACCAGGAAAAUCAGCAUUCGCCUCCGCGAAACGACAAAGACUGGACGCUGAAAACGCCCUCGAGCCAUCUUCAGGCUCCAAGCACAGUCCCUCUUCAGCGUCCCGCAGAGCCACCAGACUUUCACACAUUCCAAGGUCUACCGCCUUUCACUAACCAGGCAAUUUUGCCAGUGAGGCAGGCGGUAAAUCGUACAGGAGAUGCCAAUCUUUCCUUGGAGUUUGCUUCCAAGCAUAUCGGUGAGUCAGAGUAUAGACAAAGUGCCUGCCAGACGACUACGCAUCGCCAUGUUACGGAAAAGCUGAAGACUUUUACACAAAGCAUAAGGAGGAAGUUUCAACCUUUCAAGACGAAGGAAGAUGUUACGCACAACCGCGCAAUUGAUGAACUGCAUAGGGAAGCCCCGGCCACUGUCCGAAGAGCUCCGCUGUCAGACGAGACCGCCUCUACAAUUCCAAAUCUUGACGACAGUUCUUUCAAGGCAAUUUCAACCCAUGCUUCAAGCUCAACGUUGAAGGUGUCCUGCCUCGAGCAAAGAUUACUCGAUAGUCAGAUACCAUGGGGAACCCACUGGUUCAUCCCUGCGGAUGCCCUAGACAGAGUACUAACAGAGCAGGCUAUACACGAGGAAUUGAAUAGAAGUACUAAUCUCUCGGCUUGGGAUAUUUAUCUCAUCUCACACAAAAUCCGGAAACACGCACGCAAAAUAUUUGCUAUUCUUGUGUCCAUCGGGAAAGGAAGUCUCGUUUCUUCAUUUCUCACUGAAGGCAUCACGGAUGCAAAUCUACCAAUCAACAUUCCGAAAGGCUCUUCGCAGCAAAAGGCAUGGAUUACCCCAAUCAAAACCUUUGGAAGCUGGUCCUCGCGAGAACUCGACGACUUCCGUCGCGUUCAAUGGUACUUUCUAUCUCCGAUAUUCACAAACGCUAGAACCCAGCACUACGAGCUAGAUGACAAUUGUGUGAUGCCAUUCAUUAGAGACAAAGAGCAUGAAGCUAAGUCAGGAGGGUUCAGCGAUGUGUGGGAAGUUGUGAUCCAUCCUGCACAUCAAAAACUUUUUGACUCAAACGGAAAUCUCCCGAUCGCUCUCAAACGACUCCAUUCCAGGCAAUAUGACGAUUUCAAGCACGAAGCCAAUAUUCUCACAGCCCUGGCCAUGAAAAAACACAACCACCUCAUAAAGCUCCUAGCAACUUACAAAUUUAGAGGGCAAUACCAUCUCAUGUUUCCCUUUGCGAACUCAAAUCUUCGACAGUACUGGGAAGAAAAAGAGCCUCAAUUGUCUCUUGAAAAUUUAAAUUGGUGGCUAAAGCAGAUGCUCGGCCUCGCAUCUGCACUGUGUACCAUUCACAAUUUCCGUUCUGCUACGCCGAGUAAUCGAAUUAUUCAGAAAACUUCACAGCCGGAUCAUUUCUUGAGUACUCGAAAAAUGGUGAUGUCCAGAGAGGAGGAAAGAUAUGGCCGGCACGGCGAUCUUAAGCCCGAGAAUAUUCUCUGGUUCGAGACUACCGAGAGCGCCACAGAUAACCUGGGUAUUCUUCAAAUCGCCGACCUAGGCCUAGGGGCAUUUCAUAGGUUGGGUUCGAGGUCGAACGUCGAAGCUAAAAGUGUUGGAGGAAGUCCAACAUAUGUGCCACCUGAAUGCGCUCUUGAUCGACCUAUCUCUCGGGCGUACGACAUAUGGAGUCUUGGGUGCAUUUUUUUGGAGUGUGUUAUAUGGCUAUUGGAAGGCCCGAAAGGCUUGGGAGAUUUUGCAGAUGGUCGACUCAUUAAAACCCCUGACGGAGUAUACGAUGAUAGCUUCUUCAUUGUUGCCUUACGCUCAGAUACUGGGAAAUACGCAGCGGAUGUUCGUCUUUCAGUCCGAGAAUGGAUCCGUGAUCUUCACACUCACCGCCGUGUCUCGGCUUUCAUUCACGACAUGUUAGAUCUAAUCGCAAAAGAGAUGCUGGUUGUAAGACCGCAAGACCGAAUUACAUCGCGAAGGCUAUCGCAAAAGCUCGAGGAAUUUACAAGCAGGGCAUCCACAGAUGAGGGCUAUCUGCUUCAAGAAUUCGCAGUGGCCAAGCGCGAAAAUGAGAAACAUUGUAGAGUCAUUCCAGAUUUGUUUGACUGGUAUUGGACCAUCGAAAUAAUGACGAGCAUUCCAACCAGGAAGACGAUUUCGUCAGCCGCGUCAGACUCCUCAGCCCAACAACUCGCAGCAUACGCCGCAUCCGUCGUCACAGAAUGUACGAGCGUAUGCUUAAGUACCACUUGGAGGCUUUCUCGAGAAUUGGUAGACGACCCAGCCCCUGAUUUCACAAGCGUGUUGGAUCUAGCACCUGGUCGAACUGAUCCGAUCCUCGAACGUUUUGCCUCACGCAGGCUCGCAGCGGCGACCACAUCCGCACCCAUCCGGCAGAUCGCGCCUUCAGACCCUCUCAUCUCAUUUGUGGAUGGAAUUGAGUCGGAUGAGCAUAGCUCGCCCAGCAUGGAGUUAGAACCUGCGUUGGUCUCGGGAAGUUCUGGCACCAGUGAAGCUAGCCAAGACGAGGAUAUCUUUGCCUUUGACCGAGAUCAUCAUGACGAUCAUGAGGCUUGGAUAGCGAACACAGACUCAUCACUGUUUGGGUUGGAAUUGCCAAGGGAAUUUCAGGAUAAGCCCUUCUUCUGCGAAGCAAACUACGAAAAUGAUGCCGAUAUCCACGAGGCUCUCGACGAAGUCCUCAACGAAUCUCUAAAUGUACAAACUGGAGCUGAUGUGACACCAUGGAUAAUAUGUGGAGAAAAUUUUCCACGGGUGAAUUUAGAAGAAGCCGCACUGGCACCAUGUCCCGGCCCCGUUUAUAAUGAAUACUAUUCGUCAAUACGAAAGUACACCCAGAGAUAUAACAAGAUCCAGAGAGGGAAUCGGUGGGCGAGCUUGAGGAGUUGCAAAGCGCGGCCUACGCCCUUCAAGUCUAGUGAUAGGCUUGCUACAGAAACACUUGAUUUCGAACAGGACAGCUCUCCCUGCGACCUUUCUCAGUGCUCACCGGCCCAUACUGAAUCUCGAGACAAGCAGUCUCAAGACUACCACCAUAAACAUACUACGCAAUUUCCAGCCGCCAUACAACAAUCCAAAAUAUACCGUUCACUCGACGGUGUAUCCUACUCACUUGAAACUCUGGUUUCUAUCUUUCACCCUUCCUUUCUUGUUGCUCACUUAUCUCGAUAUUCGGUCUCGAUAUUAACCACCGAACUCUACGCUCCAAAAGACCUCGUUUAUAAUUGCGAACAUGCUAUCGCGUUCGAUCUUGGCUUUGGCCCACCAAUUAACCUAGACGUGUGCACCUUUACUCCCAAAGAUAAAAAAGCAUUACGAAGUUAUCAGAAGCACGAUGGGGAGGCCGAAUUAGAUAUUCAGGAGUCACUGCCAAUCGCUCUAAAUCUAUUCUCAGUCGAAUCAUAUGCUGAAGAACUUGACGUGUGGCUUGAUGGAAUUAUCGAUUCCGAGUUUGGACUUCCCGAAUAUGUCGCCUUGAUGAUACUACGGCAAAAAGACCACCAACUCUCGCAGGUUCUGAAAACCUUAAUUCUUUGGUAUACUGGAUCUAGAAAUGAUCUGUCGGAACUAUCACAUCAAAUAUUGCGUCCCGCAUUGAAGCUUCUUAUAACAGAAACCCUCCUAAACCUUGUCCCAACAGUCAGCGAGCUCCCCGAAUCACUCUCUAACUUAUUGUAUUAUCUACAAGCUGCCGAUCGAACGACCGCCGAUCUUUCUACCGUUGCGCCACGGCUUCUAACUCGUCAAAUGAAAGCCGCCAUCUAUUAUCUACAGCAGAACUUGCUGGGGGCUCUUUUUUGUCAUUUUAACUACGUCAUGAAGUUGGAAUCGGACGUCAAUAUCGCAGUUGCGUUCUUGGUAGCGCACGUAUUGGAUCUGGUGCGAAUAGCAGGUCGAGAAUUCGCCCAAUACGUGACGGUAUUCAGCUCCACGCUUGUGGUGAGUAAGCAGGAGGUUACGGAAUACGAGUUGCAUAUGCAGACCCAGUUGUUUGGGAGAGUACGGGCGAGCAUUCCUGAUGCGAAAUGGAGGAGUGGUGGAUUAGUCACAAGAUUGAGAAACUUGGAUUUGAGCGUGAAAGGGAAGGAGAAGGAAAGUGAGGAACAUCAUUUUGUUUCUGCUAUUUUAGAAGCAGUGUUAUAAUCCGAUCUAGUUACGAUGAAUUAAAUUGAC